AAAAGCCAUUGAGCUUCACAUAGACCAAGCCUUCCGAUUAGGGUUUCGUUGCCGCCGUCUCUAAACCCUAGAGCUUCGUCCCUGAGCUCCAAUGGCCCCCAAGAGAGGAGGAAAGGCGCCGGUCCCGGCAAAGAAGAAGCCGGAGAAGGUUGUGAAUCCAUUGUUUGAGAAGCGGCCGAAGCAGUUUGGGAUCGGAGGGGCUCUGCCUCCCAAAAAGGAUUUGCACAGGUUUGUGAAGUGGCCCAAAGUUGUUAGGAUCCAAAGGCAGAGAAGGAUCCUCAAGCAACGAUUGAAGGUCCCCCCAGCCCUCAAUCAGUUCACUAGAACCCUUGAUAAGAACCUUGCCACAAACUUGUUUAAGAUGCUUCUCAAAUACCGACCUGAGGACAAAGCAGCGAAGAAGGAACGCUUGUUAAAGAGAGCCCAAGCUGAGUCUGAAGGAAAGACUGUUGAAGUUAAGAAGCCAAUUGUUGUAAAGUAUGGGUUGAAUCAUGUUACCUACCUUAUCGAACAGAACAAAGCACAAUUGGUGGUUAUUGCUCAUGACGUUGAUCCAAUUGAGUUGGUGGUUUGGUUGCCAGCAUUGUGCAGAAAAAUGGAGAUUCCUUACUGUAUUGUUAAAGGAAAAGCAAGAUUGGGAUCGAUUGUGCACCAGAAGACCGCAGCUGUGUUGUGUCUGACCACUGUGAAGAAUGAGGAUAAACUGGAAUUCAGCAAAAUCCUGGAAGCUAUCAAGGCCAACUUCAAUGACAAAUUUGAUGAGAUAAGGAAGAAGUGGGGAGGUGGAAUAAUGGGCACUAAAUCUCAGGCCAAAACCAAGGUCAAGGAAAGGCUGCUAGCAAAAGAGGCUGCUCAGAGGAUGACCUAGUCCUGUUCUCUCUUCAUUUUGCUGUUUCACAUUUUUUGUUUUAUCAGUACUGCACAAUGCUGCCAGUUAUGUAGUUCCUUGAGCGCAGUGAACAUAGUAAGCAUGAUUAGCAUCCAUAACCUCAAUUAUUUUCUUGGUAACUGAACUCUCUGUUUUCUUUUUUUCACUUGAUACUUUAUGAUGCUAGUGUUAAUGUCAUGCAUGGACAAGAUGAGUGCUUAAUUUUUUCAAGUGUGUUUGGUUUA